AGAAGCGGCGUCCAUUCUGAGUUCAUAUGACAAAAAUGCGACUUCCCUGACGCAACCCCAUUUUCUAUCUCUUCCCUCUCCUCCAACAACUGAAAAAAAAAAAACAAGGAACUCAGUCACCUCGUCACUCGACUCGCUUCAGCAACUCAGUCACCUCUCUCUUCCAUCUUCUUAAUUUCCUACAGUUCAGGUCAGUGGUUUUGCUUUUUAUUAAAAUUUCGCCAAUUCGAAUCAAACCGCUUGGCGAUCCGAUCCGGAUCGGACCUCAUCAUUACCACAUUCAUGUACCGAAUAUUAUUAUUAGGGUUUCUCUUGAACUCCUUCUUUAACUAUUCCCAUGCGGAUCCCUGUACAAAAACAAGCUCAUACAUCGGAUUCAAAUCCGAAUUUACAAUGGUUCAACACCAGCUUCGUGGUGUAAUUACCAUAAUCGACGAUUGCUCCUUUGAAAUUUCCGAAUUCGAUAUGCUUUCGGGAAUUGAAGUACACUGGUGGGGUGCAAUCUCCACCGAUUUUGGUAACCUAACUAACGGUUUUGUCAUCUCCGAUCAUAACCUUAAUCAAACUUACAGCAAUGCUUCAUUUGUUGUUCAUUUAAACAAAACGCUGACUUGGGAUCAGAUUCAAGUUUUAUCCGUUUGGGACGUUCCUACCGCGUCGGAUUUCGGUCAUGUGAUCAUAACCAACGGUUCUUUUUAUGGUCCUACUGUAAGUCCCAGUGUGGCUCCGUCGCCGUUAGAUAAUAAUAGUACUAAUGCAGAGGAAGGGGGGAGUUGGAAUUUUAGAGUGCCAACAAUGUUUGAUAACUGUAUGGUGUUAUCGAAGGAUUUUAGGGUUAGAUGGAGUUUGAGUAAGGAGAGAGAUGUUAUUGAUAUUGGAUUAGAGGCAGCUACUGGAUUCCAGAACUAUAUGGCGUUUGGGUGGGCCAAACCCGGAUCAGGUUCUGAAGAAACCGAGUUAAUGAUUGGAGCUGAUGUUGCGGUGGCUGGGUUUACUGAAGAUGGGAAACCGUUUGCUGAUGAUUUUUAUAUUUCCAAGUAUAGUGAGUGUACUAUUAAUAAGGAUGGUUCAGCUUCUGGGGUUUGCCCGGAUACUAUUUAUGAAGGAUCAGACCCUGUUGGAUUAGUUAAUAAUACUAAGUUGAUCUAUGGGCAUAGAAAGGAUGGGGUGUCGUUCGUGAGGUAUAGUAGACAAUUGGUAUCAAUUGAUAAAAAGUAUGAUUUAUCAGUUGAUCAUAUGGCUAACAUGACAGUAAUUUGGGCGUUGGGGUUAAUGAGGCCCCCGGAUACUCUACGGCCUUACUAUCUUCCCCAGUAUCAUGGAGCUAUGAGCUUGGUCAAUUAUGGGCAUUUUGCGCUUAAUGUAUCUGAGAGUAUAAAUGACUGUGUUGGGCCUUUGGAUGCUGAGGAUAAGGAGGAUCAGGAUUUGAUUAUUGCUGAUGCAAAUGUUCCUCUUGUUGUUACCAGUGGUGCUGCAUUGCAUUAUCCUAAUCCACCUAAUCCUUCGAAAGUUUUGUAUAUAAAUAAGAAGGAGGCUCCAGUUUUGAGAGUUGAAAGAGGGGUCCCUGUGAAGUUUUCAGUUCAAGCCGGACAUGAUGUUGCGUUGUAUAUCACCUCAAAUGCGAUGGGUGGGAAUGCAACUCUGAGGAAUAAAACUGAGACUAUUUAUGCUGGAGGCCCUGAAGCUGAAGGCGUUCUUGCUAGUCCUACGGAACUAACUUGGGAACCAGAUAGGAAUACACCGGAUCAAGUGUAUUAUCAGUCCUUGUUUCAGCAGAAGAUGGGAUGGAAAGUUCAGGUGGUUGAUGGGGGUUUAUCUGAUAUGUACAAUAGCAGUGUGGUUCUGAAUGAUCAGCAAGUGACACUCUUUUGGACAUUGUCAAAGGAUAAUAGUAUAUCGAUUGCAGCUCGAGGUGAGAAAAAGAGUGGUUAUAUUGCAAUUGGAUUUGGAAGUGGAAUGGUGUAUACCUAUGCUUAUGUGGGAUGGGUUGAUGAGAUUGGUAAAGGGCAUGUAAAUUCGUACUGGAUUGAUGGAAAGGAUGCCUCUAGUAUACAUCCAACAAAGGAGAAUUUGACUGAUGUAAGGUGCAAGUCAGAAAACGGUAUCAUUACCUUUGAGUUUGUACGACCUAUUAAACCAUCAUGUAGUCACCGUGAUCUGCCAGAGUGUAAAAAUAUUAUUGAUCCCACGAGUCCUCUGAAGGUUGUAUGGGCAAUGGGCACUAAAUGGUCAGACGAACAUUUAACCGAUGGAAAUAUGCAUUCUGUUACUAGUCAUAAGCCUGUCAGGGUGUUGCUUAUGCAUGGUUCUGCGGAGGCUGAGCAAGAUUUGCGACCUGUAUUAGCUGUUCAUGGAUUCAUGAUGUUCCUUGCAUGGGGUAUUUUGCUUCCUGGUGGAAUUUUGGCAGCUCGGUACUUGAAGCAUGUGAAAGGGGAUGGCUGGUACCAGAUUCAUGUUUAUUUGCAAUAUUCUGGUUUAGCAAUUGUUCUACUUGGCCUUCUUUUUGCUGUGGCUGAGCUUCGAGGCUUCUAUGUCAGCUCGUUACAUGUUAAAUUUGGGCUAACUGCUAUAUUUUUGGCAUGCGUGCAACCGGUAAAUGCUUCCAUGAGGCCUAAAAAGCCUGCCAAUGUAGAAGAAAGAUCCUCAAAGAGGCUUAUAUGGGAGUAUUUUCACAUUAUUGUUGGCAGAUGUGCGAUGAUUGCUGGAGUUGCAUCACUUUUUACUGGAAUUAAGCAUUUGAAAGACAUAUACGGAAGUGAAAAUGUUCAUGGCUAUAAUUUGGCAUUAAUUCUUUGGUUCUUGGUUGGUGUAUUGAUUGUUGUGUAUUUGGAAUAUCGAGAAAGACAAAGAAAAAGGGACAGAAUGCUUGGUAGAAGCAAUUGGGUGUUGGGCAACCUUGAAGAAGAUGAUUCUGUUGAUCUCUUAAGUCCAUCCAGGGCUGCUGCACAAAAAGAGUUGCAACAGGCUGGGAGAAUGGAAGUUCAGUUAGAGCCUUUAAACAGAUAGACAUUGUAAAUCAGUAACUCGCCAUAUAAGCUCACGACACUUCACAAGUUUUGAACCUUUUCCUAUUUACACAUGCAAUGGAUGGCAGGCUUGUUUAUUUGCUUGGAAUUUUUCCUUUUCAGGCAUAACGGGGCUUACUCUGUCAUCAUCAUAGUUUUCAUCAAUUCGGAGAGUAGUUGCCCUAAAACAUUGUAUUUUGUAUACUUAAUUUUAGUGGUUCAGCUGAUUUGCUGUGUUCAUUAUAGUAACUCAUUAAACUUUCGGUGUCCGGUGGCUCGCUAUUCAUUUCUUUACCAAAUUCAGUUUUAAUAUACCUGAUUAAAUUCCUGGUUCA